AUGAGAUUAACGUGGUUGUUUGCCCUAACUUUAAUCAUAAAUCUCUUCUACCACGUUGUUUCCUCCGAGCAGAUCAUCCCUGUUCAUACAGGUGGGACCUUCGGCCGGGGCUCUCGUGAACCAAAAUUCAAUAUCGAAUUCCAUUCGGAAGACUCUCCCUUCCUUUCUGACGAUAACCAGGAAUCUCUGGUUAUGCCCAAUAAAAAUGGAGAAAAGUUCCUUUGCUUUUUGCCUAAAGUGGAGAAAUCAAAGGGUGGGAAGCUAGUUAGUCUACAGAACACAAGCAGUAUGAUAAUGGAGACAGAGAGAACUAUGAAAAUAAAGACACCAGACGAGUUGCUUGAAGUGCUUAAAGAUCGGUGUUUUAUUAGGCAAGAAGGAUGGUGGUCAUAUGAGUUCUGUCAUCAGAAGUGGUUGCGACAAAUUCAUUUGGAGGAGAAUAAGAUGGUUCAAGAAUUCUUUUUGGGUGUUUAUGAUGAAAAUGCUACGAUGGCUUUCAAUCAGAACCUUCCUGACAUCUCUAUAUUGAAAGAUCCUCGCUCAAUUGAUGCAUCUCAAAGGUACCAUGCUCAUCUGUUCAACAAUGGUACUCUCUGUGAUUUAACAAAUCAGCCUCGGGAAACAGAGGUCAGAUUUGUUUGUUCAGAGCCCAAAGCUGUGAUAAGUUCUAUCACUGAGUUGUCAACAUGCAAAUAUGCACUCACAUUCCAUUGCCCAGCGCUUUGCAGGCACCCGUUAUUCCAAGAAGAAAGACCCGUGUCACAUACAAUUCACUGCAAUGUAUUUCCAAAGGAUUUCGAGGAACCAAAGGAGGAAGAUGAUUUUCAAGUUGGAAAAAUAAGUGUGGUCACUGGGGUCAAGAAUCUACCUCCAUUCGAUUCAGAAGCUCAUGUAGUAUAA